CUAUCCAAUGACGUUAUAUGUAUAUCUUCCAUCCUAUGCUGAUUAGAAAAUAGUACACCAUAUUGGGCUGCAUAGACUAUAAGUACCCCUAAGAUUAUUACAGUCAUGAUCCAUACAUCUUUAACCAAAACUACAUCAAAACCUUCAAGAAUGGCCCAAAAUGAAUCUAAUACUACCCUAAAAGAAAACAACCAAACCAACACAGAUCCAGUUCGUCCUUUUGCCAACUUCCCUCCGCCUAUCUGGGAUGAUCAUUUAUUGUCGUUAACUGUUGACUAUUUGGAGUUGGAAGCAUAUGCUAAAGCCAUUGACGAGCGAAAAGAAGAGCUGAGAAGAUUGAUAAUUAAUCCAAACAUCGAUUCAAAUGCGAAAUUAUGUUUGAUCAAUUCUGUAUACCGUCUUGGCUUGAGGUAUAUGUUCGCGGAAGAGAUUGAAUAUCAACUUGACAAACUUUUCAAGGAGUUGAACAUGGAAGAUUAUGAUCAAGCUGAUCUUUAUACGACUUCAAUCAACUUCCAAGUUUUCAGACAACAUGGUUAUAAGUUGUCUUGUGAUGUGUUUAAGAAGUUCAAAGACUAUAACUCAGGUAAAUUCAAGGAAUAUAUUACAGAUGAUGUAAGGGGCAUGUUAAGUUUUUAUGAAUCUACACAACUGAGAAUCAGAGGAGAAUCUAUUUUAGAUGAAGCCUUCGUCUUCAUAGAAGCUCAACUUGUAGAUUUGGUAGAUACUCUUGAAGGUAAUCUUGCACGGCAGGUGAGACAGGCGUUGAGGAGCCCUUCACAUCGAGGGAUGCAUAUAGUAGAAGCAAGGCUAUAUUUUUCGAACUAUGAAGAAGAAUGUUCUACAUAUGAGUCACUAUCAAAUCUUGCAAAUACACACUUCAACUACCUGCAGCAACUACACAGAGAAGAACUAUGCAUUUUCACAAAAUGGAUCAAGGACAUGAAGUUUCAAACUAUAACUCCUUUUGUAAGAGACAGAACGCCAGAACUCUAUUUAUGGGCAAUCGGUAUAAUUCCCGAGCCUCAUUACUCUCAUUCUAGAAUCAUACUAGCAAAAAUGGCACAACUAGUAUUGGUGUUAGAUGACAUAUAUGAUGCAUAUGGUACUAUUGAGGAACUUCGACUUCUAACGGGUGCCAUAAACAGUUGGGAAAUUAAUGCUAUGGAACAACUUCCGGAGUAUAUUAAACCAUUUUACAACAUUCUCUUGAACGAGCUUACUGAAGUUGAAAAACAACUAUCUAGAGAGGGAAGAGCAAACAGGGUUUAUGCUACAAAACAAGCAUUUCAAAAACUAGCCGGAGGUUACCUACAAGAGGCUGAGUGGAGAUGCCAAAGACACGUGCCAUCAUUUGAAGAAUAUUUGAAGAAUGGAUUAAUUACUUCUGCCUACGAUGUUUUUAUAUACUCUCCUUUAAUGUUUAUGGGAGAUAUUUUCAGUAAAGAGGCUUUGGCUUGGUAUGAGAGUCGUCCAAAUAUUGGGGAAGCUACAAUGUCACUUGGAAGACUUUAUAAUGAUGUUACGAGUUUCCAGUUUGAGGGUGAAAGAGCACAACAAGUCGAAUCAGUACAUACAUAUAUGAAGACUUUCGGGGUACCAGAAAAUGUAGCUGUUCAAGAACUCAAGAAAAUGAUUGAAAAUGACUGGAAAGAUAUAAACGAGGGUUGUCUUAAGCCAACCGAAGUGUCAAUGGAACUUCUUGCACCCAUUCUUAAUUUUGCUAGAAUGAAUGAUAUGGUAUAUAGGUACAGUGACACUUUCACUUUUCCAGAAACAACGAUUGUGGAGUAUGUUAAUCUGUUAUUCAUAGAUUUUGUUCCAAAAUAUUAAUAAUCUAGUCAUUCUCAUGUAUUUAAUUUGGUCAUUGGGAAUAACUUUCUUCAUGAUUAAUAAUAAUAUGUUAUAUCUACAUUCGGAAGA